UACUCGAACAUUUCGAACGAUAAUCAAAUGAACACUCUAGCCCGCAACUCCAACGUGCCCUAGCUGAAACCCCUGUAGUUAACACUCUACCUCGCGUCGUCAAGCACUCUCUCCUUGAAACCUCUCCGUGAAGCAGUGGAGCUCAAACCCCUCUCUCCUUGAAACCUCGCCGUGAAGCAGUGGAGCUCGCGUCGUGAAGACUGUCUCCCUCAUACUGACCUCGCGUCGUUUGCCCGUGGAAAGCGCGUCUUAGGUCGUCGUACAGCAUAAUCUUGUUACAAGGACCACCUGGGACUGGAAAGACGUCUUUAUGUAAAGCAUUAGCUCAGAAAUUAUCAAUUCGAUUCAAUUCGAGAUACCCACAGGCCCAGCUUGUUGAAGUGAAUGCACAUUGUUUGUUCAGUAAAUGGUUCUCUGAAAGUGGCAAGCUGUAGAUUCUUACGAGUCUACGAGUUGAGUCUAUGGAGCUCUCACUGUAAACUCUCAAGUUUGAUAACCAGAGUGAAUGGAAUAGAUUUUGAGGAUGUCAAAGUCGAUUUAUCCCAACAUCACCAGCUAUCUCCCCAAUUCCGAGUGAUUAACCCUUUAAUGAAAGUCCCUGCUGUUGUUGAUGGAAGGUUCAAACUAUUUGAGAGACAUAGAUUUUGUGCAAUGGCUGAAGAGAGACAAGUCAUCGGCUUCCACACUGGUGAUGCGUGGAAGGGCAACUCUAGAAUGCAAAAGACUCCAAAAAACUGCACUGGCAGAGGAAAGACUUUUGAUAUGAGAAACGAUAGAGAGAGAACAACAGGGUGUGGAGGUGGGAGUGGCUCAGGAAAGGACAAAAUUGAUUCUCUUAGUAGGCUCCUGACACGAAUUUUACGGCAUAUGGCAUCUGAAUUGAAUUUGAAUAUGCGGAGUGAUGGUUAUGUAAAAGUUAAUGAUUUGCUAAAGCUGAAUCUGAAGACAUUUGCUAAUAUUCCACUGAGAUCGCACACUAUUGAUCAUAUUAGGGAGGCUGUUCGAAAAGAUAAUAAGCAGCGGUUUAGCCUCUUAGAAGAGAAUGGGGAGCUACUAAUACGUGCAAACCAAGGCCACACAGUAAAGGUCGUUGAAACUGAAAGUUUGUUGAAACCAAUCCUUUCCGCCAAAGAAUUUCCAGUUUGUUUGCAUGGAACCUACAGAAAGAACCUAGAAUCAAUUCUAGGAUCUGGUCUGAAGCGCAUGAAGAGAUUGCAUGUUCAUUUCUCUUGUGGUUUACCAACAGAUGGAGAAGUAAUUAGUGGUAUGAGGCAGGAUGUCAAUGUUCUGAUCUUUCUGGACGUUAGAAAAGCAUUAGAAGAAAGUAUAAAGCUUUACAUUUCUGACAACAAGGUGAUCUUGACGGAAGGUUUUGAUGGUGUUGUUCCUCCGAAGUAUUUUGAAAGGAUAGAAUCAUGGCCGAGCAGACAGCCCAUUUCUUUUUAAAGUUAUUUUACAAUUUUGCUUUUAGGAUCACAAUACGUUGAGGAUUAUUUAAAUAAAAUAAUAUGAAAAAGAUA